AUGGCGCAGAAUCUUGUCACCCAAGUGACCCAGGAAACCAUGGGCGUGCCCAUGCAAUACGACGAAAUCACGCCUUCGGACGCCAACUCCAAAAUCCACAUGGACAUCCGUGGGCAUCCUUUCACCACCACCAGAGACGAGCUCAUGAGCUUGCCCGAGAGCAUUUUGUUGAGCUUGUUCCCCAACGGCGUCUUUUUGGACCAGCAGGGCCAGGUCAUCACCAACUUGACCGAGGAAGAUGUUGUCUACGUGAACUUUGAUCCUCAGUGUUUCGAGUACAUAUUGGCGACGUUUGGCCAGGCACAGAAGGACCUCCAGGCGAUGCUGGGGCUUUCGCCGCAGGCCAGUGGCGCCAGCCGAAUCGACCUGGCGGCGUCGGUUUUGCAGUCGAAACCGGCCAUUAUCGUUUUGCGCGAGGACUUGGACUUUUACGUGAUUCCGCCCGUCGCAGGCUGUUCGCCCGCCGAUAUGCGCCACCUCAAGCUCGAGGUGGGCCAGUAUAUCCUGCAGCAGCAACUGGUUUUCUCUGGCUUGGGCUACGACCCACUGGUUCCGCCCACGGUGCCCCAGAAAUUGGGCGCCGCCGAACAGCAUCUUUUCGACAUGCUCUGCACCUCGGGCUUCACGCGCUCCGAGCUGUGGGGCAGCAGGGCCAUGGCGCCCGACCGCUGUGUGGUGCAGCUGUUGCUGUUGGUGCGGUUGUCCACGGCGUCGCCCACUCCGCCCGAAUCUCCCUCGUUGACUCCAGUCAAGUCUGAAGCUUCGGUCAGUCUGCGGCUGAGGCUGCGCAUUGCGAGCUUGGCCAGUCUGGCCAGCCGUGCGGCGCUGCGGUCGAUGUCCCGGUCGAAAAAGGCCGAGAGCACGCCAACAAAGUUGUUGUUGUUUUGGCGCAAGCCGGCCCGUAAAUGUUGGUGGGCCAGUGACUCGGUGUCGGUCAACACGAGCGGGCUGGGGCUCGCCCAUCUAGGCGCUGCGGUGGAUGUGAAGGUCCACGUGCGCCGUGUGUGGACGUUGGAGUUGUCUGUGGUUGGUGUGCAGUGA